AUAAUUACAAAUGAAUUGGUUGGUGAAGAUGGUAACCCACCAAGAUUUGUAUGGAAAUCUAUUGCGUUCUUUGUAUUCCUUAGGUUUUUGCAAGGUGGUGUAGGUUUAAUUCAAGCAUCACAAAAUUAUUUAUGGAUUCCCAUCGGCCAGUAUACAACUCGUGAAAUUUCAGUCAAAAUGUUUGAACAUUUACAUGGGCUUUCAUUGGCUUAUCAUAUAAAUCGUAAAACAGGCGAAGUUUUACGUGUUAUGGAUCGAGGAACGAAUAGUAUCAUUUCGCUACUUAAUCAAAUAUUAUUUCAGAUCUUUCCAGUUAUUGUUGACAUUUCCGUAGCUGUCAUAUAUUUUGUUGUUGAAUUUGGUUGGAUCUUCGGUGUCAUUGUAUUUGGCACGAUGGCAAGUUAUAUUCUUGUCACAAUUUGGAUUACGGAAUGGAGAACACAAUUCAGACGUGAUAUGAUUGAGACAGAUAAUGAUGCACGAUCUAAAGCUGUGGAUUCACUUUUGAAUUUUGAGACCGUCAAAUAUUAUAAUGCCGAACAAUUUGAAGUCAAACGAUACGAUGAUGCUAUUGUCAAGUACCAGAUUGCUGAUUAUAAAGUAUCAGCAUCGCUUAACAUGCUUAAUCUUAGUCAGAAUUUGGUUAUUACUGUAGGAUUGUUGGCAGGUUGUUUAUUAUGUGCUUGGAAAGUAACUAUUGGUGAUUUUGGAGUUGGUGAUUUUAUUCUCUUUAUCACUUAUAUCAAUCAAUUAUACGGACCGCUUAAUUGGUUUGGUACAUAUUAUCGUAUGAUCCAACAAAAUUUCAUUGAUAUGGAAAAAAUGCUUUCAUUGUUUAAAGAACAACAAAGCGUUCAAGAUAUACCCGGAGCUAAAGACUUAAAAGUUACCGAGGGAUCGGUUAUUUUCGAUAAUGUUGAUUUUUCGUACGAUCCAAGAAAUUCAGCUCUUAAGGAUAUUUCAUUUGAAAUUCCAAAAGGAAAAACGGUCGCUUUAGUAGGUCCUAGUGGUGGCGGAAAAUCAACAAUUCUUCGACUCCUUUUCCGAUUUUAUGAUGUUGGUUCAGGAAAGAUAUUAAUAGACGGACAAGAUAUUCGUCUUGUCAAACAAGAAAGUUUACGAAGAAGCAUUGGAGUUGUACCACAAGAUACUGUUUUAUUUAAUGAAACGAUUUACUAUAAUAUUCAUUACGGAAAUGUUAACGCAAGUGAUGAAGAAGUUUAUAAAGCUGCAAAAGCUGCUCAAAUUCAUGAUCGUAUUAUAAAUUUUCCAGAUGGCUAUGAAACACGCGUGGGAGAGCGAGGGUUGCGUUUAAGUGGCGGGGAAAAACAGAGAGUUGCUAUUGCUAGGACAAUGUUGAAGGAUCCACCAAUUAUUCUUCUCGAUGAAGCCACAUCUGCCCUUGAUACUACUACAGAAAGACAAAUUCAAUAUGCUCUUUCAAAUAUGACAAAAGAUCGUACAACGUUAGUUAUUGCACAUCGGCUGAGUACCAUUAUUAAUGCUGAUUUGAUUCUUUGCAUCAAGGAUGGAAAAGUUGUUGAACAGGGAACUCAUGAUGAACUUAUCCGGAACGAAGAAGGGGUAUACUUUGAGAUGUGGCAGAAACAAUUAAGAGAUGAAUCGGAAGGUAAAGUUAUUGGAGAAAAUGAAGGUUCAAGUGGAGAUAAAAAAGAUGAUAAACCUAAUUCAAAAGAAAAUGAACCAUCUUCAAAUAAUGUCGGUGGUCAUGGCCAUGGUCAUCAUUAA